UAUUAUUUAAUAACCUAAAGCUAAUAACAAAAUAAAAUUAACAGGAAAAGGCCGGAGAGACUUAGUUCAAGACAUCCCGCACAGUUCCCUAAGACCAGAAUAAUUCAUUAUAGAUGUAUAAGAUGGGCCUUCAAGGUUUGGACUACUACAAGCCCAAGCAAAUCACCUGACCCGAAAUUGCUGCCUUUGGACUUUGGAGGACCCAUUAUAGCCCAGCCAGGAAAAACUAGGAAGUAGAAAGGGGGGCCCAAAAAGAAAAAUGUAAUUAACACCUGUGAACAUACGUGGCUCGUGUGGAGGUUUUUAAACUUGAAGCAUGGAUAGGAUAGGUUGAGAACUUCUUACCGUAUACCCAAACGUCUGGUUAGAUAAUUCGAGAAAUAAUUCAACCCAUGACCAAACAAAUGUCUAAGAGGCUUCCAGAACCACCACAGUUCUUUGGUCUGCUCCUCGAAGUCGAACUUACUUUUCUCUGAUACAUGCAUUAAUUGUCUCAAUUUCCCGAACCCUAAAACCCAUUUCUUCACCCUUAAAAGAAAUCAAAGCUAUCAAAUUUCUUUGCUAUGGCCGACGAAGCCAAAGCCAAAGGUAACGCCGCCUUUUCUUCCGGCGAUUUCAACACCGCCAUCAAACACUUCACCGAAGCUAUAAACAUUUCCCCGACCAACCACGUCCUUUACUCUAACAGAUCCGCCGCUUACGCUUCUCUCCAUCAAUACGAUGCUGCAUUAUCCGACGCUAAAAGAACCGUCGACCUUAAAUCGGACUGGUCCAAAGGUUACAGCAGGCUCGGCGCGGCUCACCUCGGAUUGCACCAAUACCAAGACGCUAUUUCAGCCUAUAAAAAGGGUCUUGAGAUUGAUCCUAAUAAUGAAGCCUUGAAAUCUGGCUUGGUUGAUGCUCAAUCGGUGGCGACGGCUUCGGAUUCCCGAGCUAGGGCAGCUUCGCCUCCUAGUCCAUUUGGUGACGCUUUUAAGGGACCGGAGAUGUGGGCAAAGUUGACGGCGGAUCCGACGACUAGGGCUUAUUUACAGCAUCCGGAUUUUGUUAAAGCGAUGCAGGAGAUUCAGAGAAACCCUAGCAAGUUGAAUGAGUAUUUGAAAGAUCAGAGAGUUAUGCAAGCUCUGGGGGUUUUGUUGAAUGUUAAGUUUAAGGCACAUGGUGGUGGGGAUGACAUGGAGGUUCCAGAGGCGGAUUCACCACCACCUCCGCCACCUUCACAGCCUGCUAAGGAGGAGGUGAAGAAGCCAGAGCCUAUGCCUGAACCAGAACCGAUGGAAAUUACGGAAGAGAAGGGAAAAAUGGAAAAAAAGGAAAAAGCUUUAAAGGAGAAGGAGGCUGGAAAUGCCGCAUAUAAGAGGAAGGACUUCGAGACAGCUAUUCAGCAUUACACGAAAGCAAUGGAGCUUGAUGAUGAAGAUAUUUCAUACAUCACCAAUCGGGCUGCCGUUUAUUUGGAAAUGGGAAAGUAUGAGGACUGCAUUAAAGAUUGUGACAAGGCUGUUGAAAGAUGUAGAGAGCUCAGAUCAGACUUUAAAAUGAUAGCAAAAGCUUUGACUAGGAAGGGAACUGCUUUGGUGAAGAUGGCGAAAUGCUCAAAAGAUUAUGAUCCAGCUAUUGAGACUUUCCAGAAAGCUCUUACAGAGCAUCGCAAUCCAGACACGUUGAAGAAACUAAAUGAUGCUGAAAAAGCAAAGAAGGAACUUGAGCAACAAGAAUAUUUUGAUCCCAAGAUAGCUAAUGACGAGCGUGAGAAAGGGAAUGAAUGUUUCAAGCAGCAGAAGUAUCCCGAGGCUGUGAAGCAUUAUACAGAGUCAUUGAGAAGAAACCCCAAAGAUCCAAAGGCAUACAGCAAUAGAGCUGCAUGCUACACAAAAUUGGGUGCUUUGCCUGAGGGACUGAAAGAUGCUGAGAAGUGCAUUGAGCUUGAUCCAACCUUUUCUAAGGGUUACACGAGAAAGGGUGCUGUUCAGUUCUUCAUGAAGGAGUAUGACAAAGCUUUAGAAACAUACAAGGAAGGAUUGAAACAUGAUCCUAAUAACCAGGAAUUGCUUGAUGGUGUUAGAAGAUGUGUAGAACAGAUUAACAAAGCUAGCAGAGGUGAUUUGAGUCCUGAAGAAUUGAAGGAAAGACAGGCCAAAGCAAUGCAAGAUCCCGAAAUUCAAAACAUUCUCUCCGAUCCUGUCAUGGGUCAGGUGUUGAUUGAUUUCCAGGAGAACCCGAAGGCAGCGCAGGAGCACAUGAAGAAUCCCAUUGUGAUGAACAAGAUUCAAAAGCUGGUCACUGCUGGAAUUGUCCAGAUCAGAUAAAUGUGAAGGAAAAUUUUGACUUUUUUUUUUCUUUUUCCAGUUCAGUAAUUUUUUAUUUUGCUGUGUUAAUUUGAAUGGAUUAGGUUCAGUUGGAAAUUUUCAAAUCAAUUUAUCAGCAAUUUGGCACCGAGAAGAAUAUAACUGCUGUC